AUGGCUUCGCAUGGCACCAGGCCCCUGCCGGUCCGUGGGAAAGCCAACACGCCUCCCAACACCCUCACCAACACCGGCAGGCCACCGCCGCCGGCCAAGCUUGCUACCAAGGCGGCACACCGAACCUGGCCACUACACGCACCCACCGAAACGAAGAUCCCGACCAAAUCGGGGAUGGAUCUGGGCUCAGAAGGGGCCCGGCCCCCUGCCCGGCCCGUGAGGCGCCAGAUCCCAGCCUGGGGCGGCACACAGGGUCGCCGCCGACUAAGGGGGCCACCAGCACGCCGUCGGGGCGACCACGUUCGUCCUCCCGAUUCCGCCGAGAGAGGAGCUCGCGCCGCCCGAAACUCGCAGCCGCCGGAGCCGCCAGGGCCACUCCGCGAGGCGACCGCCGCCACGAGCAUGCCGGGGACGCGCCGUCUCCACGCCGACGUCGAGGAUCCGCGCCGCCGCGCCCCGACUCCAAGCGCGGCGCCCUCACCGGCCGUGGGUGGCCCGCGCCGCCACCACCGCGCGAGGGGAAGGGGCCCGCCGGGCGCCGGGCGCCGCACGGGCUUUGCCCGGCGACGCCCUCGCGGCGGCGAGACGGAGGGGAAGGGGAGGGGGGCUCGGGGAGGGGCGCCGCCACGGGCUCCCGGCCGCUCGCGGGAGCGGCGCGAGAGCGCUAGGUUCCCGGGUGGUAACGAUUGGUCACAGCGAAAUGCACGAUUCUACUGA